UUAUCUCAUUUGAUGAUCGGUAAUCCAUCGAUUUAAUGUCGCCUCUUAAUUUCUCAAUUAAGGCUUGCAUUUAAACGGUUUAGACUUUUUGGUGUAAAAUAUCAUGUUUGUUGACUUUUGGGGAAGGCUAUACUAGUGCAAAUGCAGGCUUUCACUUUUUCAAUCAGAGCUAAAUCGGUUUGGAUCCUACUUUUUCGUUCGGUUUCAAAAGAAACAGGUUCACGAUAGUGUUCAAUGGCAGGAAGUGUGACUGUUCAAAGUGUGAAUGGAUCAUCAGCCAAGAACAGAUCACUCAGAGCUCAAGCCUCUGAAGAUGAUCCUGAGGAUCUUGAAACUGCCAAAAUCCAAGCGAAAUCAUCCGGGAACGUCUAUCCAUAUGUUGGUAUUGCUUGUUUAGGGGCCUUUCUGUUUGGAUAUCAUCUGGGGGUCGUAAAUGGAGCUUUAGAGUACCUCUCCAAGGAUCUUGGGAUUGCUGAGAACACAGUGUUACAAGGCUGGGUUGUUAGCGCACUGCUUGCUGGUGCAACUGUUGGUUCUUUUACUGGAGGUUUGCUGGCCGACAAAAUUGGGCGAACUAAAACUUUUAUGCUGGAUGUAAUUCCACUUGCAGCAGGGGUAUUUCUUAGUGGCAUAGCAAAAAGUGUAGAGACAAUGAUACUUGGUCGUGUGCUUACCGGAGUUGGAAUAGGCAUAUCAUCAGCUAUUGUGCCGCUUUACAUAUCCGAGAUCUCACCCACUGAAAUUCGUGGCACUCUUGGAUCUGUCAAUCAGUUAUCCAUAUGCAUUGGGAUCCUAGCAGCAUUGGUGGCUGGACUGCCUUUGGCAGGGAAUCCGUUGUGGUGGAGGACAAUGUUUACUAUUGCACUUGUUCCAUCUGUACUAUUGGCAGUAGGGAUGGCCUUUUCUCCUGAAAGUCCUCGAUGGCUUUAUCAGCAAGGGAGAAUCGCUGAAGCGGAAGUGUCCAUAAAGAGGCUAUUUGGGAAGGAAAGAGUUACUGAGGUUAUGGGUGAUCUGGAUGCAGCAGGUCGAGAUUCCUCUGAACCAGAAGCUGGAUGGCUCGAUCUUUUUAGCAACCGCUACCGAAAAGUUGUGAGUGUUGGUGCAGCUCUCUUCUUGUUUCAGCAGUUUGCUGGGAUCAAUGCUGUUGUUUACUACUCUACUUCGGUAUUCCGAACUGCUGGUAUUAAAUCUGAUGUUGCUGCCAGUGCUCUGGUUGGGGUUGCAAAUGUUAUAGGCUCAACUGUUGCAAUCUCGUUGAUGGAUAAACAAGGAAGGAAGAGUCUUUUGAUUACAAGUUUUGCCGGAAUGGGUGCUUCUAUGCUGCUACUUUCCCUGACUUUCAGUUGGAAGGCUUUGGCACCUUACUCGGGCACUCUUGCUGUACUUGGCACUGUCCUUUAUGUGCUGUCGUUCUCUCUUGGCGCUGGUCCAGUCCCUGCUCUGCUACUUCCUGAGAUAUUUGCCUCAAGAAUCCGAGCGAAAGCUAUGGCAUUAUCUCUGGGAACGCAUUGGAUAGCGAAUUUCGUGAUCGGGUUGUACUUCUUGAGCGUUGUGAAUAGAUUCAGCCUGAGUACAGUAUACCUGGGAUUUGGUAGCGUCUGUGUUCUAGCAGUUAUGUACGUAAGUGGUAACGUGGUGGAAACCAAGGGCCGAUCUUUGGAGGAAAUAGAACUUGCUCUCAGUUCACCAGCUUCUUGAACAUACACUUAAUUGCUCACAUUGAGUUUUCAUUGGAAUGUAAUCAGCUCAGUUCUAUGUAGACAAUAAUUUGAUAUGAAUAUGAGAGAUGGCCUACUUUUAUCUGUCA